AGGGUGAGCGAGCACGAGCCACACAGACGAGAGGGGCGAGAGAGAGAGAGAGGAGUUAAUGGAGAGAGAGAGAGAGGCUACAACAGCGCACAAACACAGAUUUGAUCAGUGAGUUUAACUUGCUGGUGCUGGUGCUGCUCAGAGUGCGGUGAAGCCUCCUCUGCGUGAAUCUGCGCACUACUUGUUGAAGCUGAAAUAUAUUUUUGUUGCAAAGAGGAAGAAGAAGUUCAGGAACUCUGCGUGGGACUGGAUUCCAUUUUGGACGUAUUUAUUUUGUCGCAUUUGUAAUGUGGGGUGAUCGGAAGCACGCGCGGAACCUGUGGAUUUAACAACAGUAAAGGGAUUUUGGACUGAUUCUUUCUUCUCUUGAGACUUGUGCCGGUUUGCAUGAACACUUACUGAAGAGAGAGAAAAAGAGCAAACACAUAUACAACAACAAAAAAAAAAGCAUGGAAGUAAGUGCGGAUCAGCCACGAUGGAUGACCCAUCACCCCGCGUUGAACGAGCAGCAUCCCGGCUCACAUCACCCGGGCCUCGGCCACUCUUACAUGGACCCUUCGCAGUAUCCCCUCGCUGACGAUGUGGAUGUACUCUUUAAUAUCGAUGGACAGGGGAACCACGUCUCUCCGUACUAUGGAAACCCAGUCCGAGCCGUCCAGAGGUACCCUCCUCCUCCUCACAGUAGCCAGGUGUGCCGUCCCUCAUUACUGCACGGCUCUCUGCCCUGGCUGGAGGGGAGCAAAGGCAUCGCCCCGCACCACAGCACUUCUCCCUGGAACCUGAGCCCCUUCCCCAAGAACCCCCUGCACCAUGGCUCCCCGGCUAGCCUGUCCGUCUACCCCUCGGCCUCCUCCUCCUCCUCCUCUCUGUCCACCGGCCACACCAGCCCUCACCUCUUCACGUUUCCCCCCACCCCACCGAAAGACGUGUCCCCGGACCCGGGCAUAUCCACCCCGGGCUCCAGCAGCUCGCUGCGGCAGGAGGACAAAGAGAGCAUAAAGUACCAGGUGACCCUGGCCGAGAGUAUGAAACUGGAGUCAGCUCAUAGCCGGAGCAUGGCAUCAAUCGGAGCAGGGUCAGGCUCUGCCCACCACCCCAUCGCCGCAUACCCAUCCUAUGUCCCUGAAUACGGCCCAGGCCUCUUCCCACCAAGUAGCCUGAUAGGUGGGUCAUCUUCUAGUUAUGGUUCCAAAACGAGACCAAAAACAAGGUCCUGUUCAGAAGGUAGAGAGUGUGUGAACUGCGGGGCCACGUCGACUCCUCUGUGGAGGCGGGACGGUACGGGUCACUAUCUGUGUAACGCCUGCGGACUCUAUCACAAGAUGAACGGGCAGAAUCGCCCUCUCAUCAAGCCCAAGCGGCGGCUGUCUGCAGCCAGGCGGGCGGGGACGUCAUGCGCAAACUGUCAAACGACAACGACGACGCUGUGGCGGAGAAACGCCAACGGGGACCCGGUGUGCAACGCCUGCGGCCUCUACUUCAAACUGCACAAUAUCAACCGACCUCUGACCAUGAAGAAGGAAGGCAUCCAGACCCGGAACCGGAAGAUGUCGAGCAAGUCCAAGAAGAGCAAAAAGUCCCAAGACAGCAUGGACGACUUCUCCAAGAGCCUGAUGGACAAGAGCAGCUCCUUCAGCCCGGCCGCCCUCUCCCGCCACAUGUCCUCUUUCCCGCCCUUCUCGCACUCCGGUCACAUGCUGACCACCCCGACACCCAUGCACCCUUCCUUCGCCCCACACCACCCCUCCAGUAUGGUCACAGCUAUGGGUUAAAGACCUGCACCUGACGCCCCCUCUUUCCCCGCACCACUUUAACCCCUCGGUACCUCUGCUGACCUGCUCACGCUUCUUUGAAAGACAGAUACACUUUUUUCCUUGACGCCCCCCCCCCCCUUCUUCUCUCACCGGCGAGCUGCGGUGCCACGACAACAGCCUCCUUUUGUCCUCGGUUGUAUCUUAUUUUUAUAAAAAUCAAAGUGUACCUCUGCGUCGUGAAUGCUUUGCAGACCUGACUUUUAACUUUUGGCGCACUGACCUCCGACGAGGAAGAGUUUUCUUCCUCCAACGCGGGGAGAGAAAGAACACUUUCUCCCCCCUUUAACCGCCACUCCUGCAUCGAGGCUCUCCUCCCGGCUGACUCCACACCGACAGGACCUCCAUUACUGUACAAAAAGCCAUUUUUCCACUCAUCACAAAAAACACUUCAAAAAAGACUUUUACUCUCCCCCUUCCUUGAAACCUGAAACCCCCCCAAAACCCCACCUCCCUCUCUCUCCCUCCCUUACACCUGUGUAACAGGAAAACCCCGCCCCCCCACUCCCUCCUCACAAGCUCCUCCCCUUUCUUCUUCAACGAGGAGAGACAGACGUUGAAUAUAUUUGUACAAAUUGUAUGAAAUACAGUACAUUUAAUGAAGACUUUUUAAUUAAGCAAGAAGAAAAAAAAAGGAAAACAUGCCCCCGGGCAGCUAACGAUGAGAAGGGUACGAGUCGCGGCAGGUGGAGAGGACGCCUUUCGGAGGGAAAGAAAAAAGGGAGGAGGAAGAGGAGGAGGAGGAAGAAGGAGAGACUUUUGAGAAAGGGCAGGCCUCUGUUUUCGCCUGCGUGAAUUGCAUUGCAUUAAGUUUGCAGAGAGUCGGCGGCUCCGGCUGCAGGAGACUCUUCUUUUUUUUGUUUUUUUGGAUGUGCUAUAGGUCUCGGGCAAUUGGUUUGUGUUGCACCUACACACACACUUGCAUAAACACACACACACACAUGCACGCACACACACACAUACAUACACUCACACCUGAAAGACUUUCUUCCUGCCCACAGAUUAUAUGCAUUGUGAAAAAAGUUCCUGUAUUUGUUAUUUGUAUGUAUAAAUCAGAGUACCAAAAAUACGAAAUAAACAAAGAUGUAGAAUUAUUUCUUUAUGUUAUGCAGACUGAAUGGUUGUAAAAAUUUAAUAAUAAUCACUAGUGUAAAAUAUGACUGCUUUUUUGUUUCGUAAUUUUUUUUCCCUCUUUGAAAAUAAUAAACUAGUUUAAUCUCU